AUGGCGGAUGAUGGGCCAUGGCGAUCAAACUUUAAAAAACCUGUUUAUAUUGUGGGUCAAAUCAUGGGAAUAUAUUUCAAGCACCCCACUUUUGACAUGUUGAUGACCUGUCCUUCUACACCUUUGAAAGAGCUCUUCCUCAAAAUUGAGGACACUGAGGACGCCAUAGAAUCUUGGCUCCAGACACACGGUCUUGGAAUUCUUCCAUAUUCCCUCUUUGUCAUGGCUUCUGUGCUGUUUGGUUUGGUCGACUAUCAUGAUCUCACGGUUCUCCUUGAAAUCCAACUCCAGCAAGCAGAGACGAAUCCCUCGGUAUUCCCUCCACAAGGAGGGCAUUGUUUUAUGGAGGAGAGGGUGCAUUGUGCUCAAACGGAAAUGUCAUUAUUUAGUACAGCUAUCACGAACUUGUGCGAAUUGAUGAACACUAGAGCAAUUGCCCAAAAAUUGCUGCCUCCAGUGAACACUUCCUACACUGGAGCAUACCAAACUCCUAGUUCACUUGAUUGCAUGCACUUUCAGCCUACAAAGGCAAUCCAAGACAAAUGCCGUGCAUGGCUAAUUAUGACAUCGCCUUUUCAAGACACUAUGGAAGUAGGUUCUAACGUCAGCCAAACACCCCCUGAGUCUCAUCAUCGUCAUCAAUACCCCCUAAGGCACGACGAUCAACUUCUCUCUCUGCCUCGUUUGACAAAUGGAUGGGUCGAUAACGUCAAAUUGGGUACAUACAUCAAUGCAUCUUUCACCGAAACUGACGAGCCCCUACCCACCAAUACCAGCAAUGUGUUCACGCGAAAGGAGGACAAAACAUUGGAUGAGCUUAUGUCUGUUUUCCAUAUCUUGGAUUUGAAGAAGCAGCAGGCACAGGUGGAGGUAGACAUGUUUUCUGAAGCUAUUGCACUUAAUGCUGAGUUGGAGUUCACUGAUGAUGGUGCAUAUGCAGCAUUUGAUCAGUUUUAUCACACUAAUGUAAUGAUUAUAGGCACGUCUUCAGGGAAGCCUACAAUGUAUGAAACAUAUCUGCAUAAUGAUUGGUUUAAUGAUUGGUUUUCGACUUCGUCCGCUCCUUCCAAUACCUUGACAUCCUGCAACACUCUCAGUUGUAAUUGUACCGCCGGUUUGUAA